AUGGGACUGACACCAGAUCUCAACUCUUCUGAUUGGCUCCGCCCAUGUCUGAAUGCCUCUUCCCAGUCUUCAAUCAGAGCCCCAUAUCCUUGGAACACUGCUCAACUGAUCUUCAUCGUCAUGGUAACCGGCUCCCUGAGCGUGCUUACGGUCUUGGGCAACACACUCGUCAUCCUUUCCUUCAAAGUGAACCGUCACCUGCGGACACUCAACAACUACUUCCUGCUGAGUCUGGCGGCGGCUGACCUGCUCAUCGGCCUGAUGUCCAUGAAUGUGUACACGCUGUACCAGCUGCGGGACCACUGGCCCAUGGGGGCCCUGAUCUGCGACAUGUGGCUUGUCCUGGACUACGCGGUGAGCAGCGCUUCUGUUCUGAACCUGCUGCUCAUCAGUUUGGACCGGUACCUCUGUCUGACGCGGCCUCUCAGCUACCCAGCGUGGCGGACAGGCCAUGUGGCCGGUCUGAUGAUUGGCGCUGCCUGGCUACUGUCCUUCGUCUUGUGGACCCCCGCCAUCCUGUGCUGGCAGCGAGUCGGGGGCCGGCGAGCCGUCCCAGAUGGAAAGUGUUACAUUCAGCUACUGGCGAGCCCAGCCGUCACUCUGGGAACCACGCUGCCAUCCUUCUACCUGCCAGCACUGGUCAUGAUAGGACUCUACAGCCGCCUGUCGGCAGCAAGCCACCGCAGACUGAGCGCGCUCCAGGUGGAGCGGGGAUCGCUCAGGUCCCCCAGUCCUUCCAUUAAAGACUUCCUUCUAAAACGGCGCAGCUGGGCAGCCAGUGACACAGGCUCAGACCGGUCUCAGAGUUGGAGAAGAGCGUCCAUGGUGGAGACGAUGGACAACUGGAAACAACUGCAACGUCCGUCUCGUGCCGCCUCGUACCACGCAGGAGACGGAAGCUCCAACAAGACAGAAAACGACUCCUUGUCCAACACCGACCCCCAUGGCACAGCCUCAGCGGCCUUCUGUCCGACUUUCACCUCCCAGGAGAGGAGACGGCGGCGUGUCCUGGCAAGGGAGAGGAGGGUCACCAACACCAUCCUGGCCAUUGUGCUGGCCUUCAUCCUCACUUGGACGCCAUACAACGUCAUGGCCGUCAUCGCCGCCUUCUGGCACAUCCAGAUCCCCAAUGCCCUGUGGGCCACCGGGUACUGGCUGUGCUACGUGAACAGCGCCAUCAACCCUUGCUGCUACUCGCUGUGCAACGUCACAUUCAGGAAAACCUUCUGCAGCCUUCUGCGCUGCCGCGGAGGGAAGCUGCGUUGAUGCCACCGCCGCUUCUUCAGGUUUCAUCAUUCAGGCGUACCAGACUGAAGGAGGAUUUUAGCUUC